UGCAGUGUACCAUAGAAAUCAUUUUUUUAGUCGCGAUUGCGACAAACUCGGUGAUUGAGCCAGCAGAGGGCAAUGAUUCACAGAAGCAAAAAAAUAAUAAUUAUGCUUGUGUAGAUUUUUAUUCCAUGACGUGUAACAAAAACAACAAGAAUAAUAUAUAUCUACCUAAAUAUAGAGAUCAUUUAGCUCAUUUAUAUUCAUCUGAAGUACAUAAUGCUCUUAUUGACAUUUUGAACGAUGACAUAGAAAAUAAAAAGAAUCCUCUCAACGCAGAAAGAACCCUGUUUCAAAAUUGUAUGCGAUUAGGUAAUAAUAAAACUGAGGAAAAUAAUGUAGAUUCUGAGGGAGACAAGCCAUCUCAAGAAAAUACAGAUAAUACAAAAUUAGACACAAUUGAAUCCUACUUUAAUAGCAUAUUAGAAUAUUUCGAUCAAAAAAUAGAUGAAGAGAAUUGGCAAAAAUUGGACCAAAAAUUAGCAUUGUUAGGUUUUAAACAUUCUUUUUUCGAAAUAGAUGUUGUGAAAGAUCCUGCAAAUCCUAAUAAAAACAUAAUUCGUCUCUCUCCACCUUCGAUCAAAGAAUGGAAUUUCAAAAAACUCACUGAUAUAGUAUCAGAUAUUUUCACUCAGCUCCAGAUAGAAGCUUUAGACUAUUGCAAAGGAAAUAAAAAUUCUGAGCCUCAUGAAAGCGAAGCUGAUUCAUCAAAAAUAGAUAACGAUUCAGCUUUUUGGGAAUCAGAUGAAAAUAAAAUUGAUGAGUCUAAUGCUGAAGAUAAUACAGCCAAUUCUACACCUGUUGAUCCAAUAUGCGAAACAAUUUUGGAAGAGGAAUCAGAACUGACGACAAGACUUGUGCAUGAGUCAGAUCAAAAUGUCAUGGAUUUGCUUAAUAAAGUGCUACAGGGAAUUUUCGAUACCAUGGAUACAUCGAACAAAGAGAGCAAAGUUCAGAGACUCACAAUACAAGAAUGGAAUACAGUGUAUGAAAAAUAUUCUAGUAAAAAUACAACUAAGAUAAAUUGGCCCCUCGUAUUAAAAUCAUAUUUCAAAAAUGUUGGAGUUUACAUAGAAAAUACAGAUUACAUUCUGAUUGAAAAUCUACCAUACUUUUACAAAAUGGCUGAAUUGUUCGGCGAUUCAUCGAAUGCAAAUAUUGUUCAUGCUCUCCGUUCAAAAUUUGUUGCUGAAAAUAUGCGAUAUUGGUCUUGGGAGUACGUCUACCAAAUAAACCCGGUGGACAAGACAUCAUUUUGUCUUGAAGAUAAUAAAUUUUAUGCAGCUUCAACAGAAGUUUUAAAACGUCUAAAAUUAAAAAUGCGACCGUACAAGAAGAAAAUAGAAUCGUUAUUGAAUAGCAUUGCCAGUGUUGAGCACGCUAAUAUUUCUAGGGCAAAACUAUCUGAAACUGAUAAAAGUUAUUUAUUAUCAAAUUUAAAAGAUUUUACAAAAAAUCCAUUUGAAACUACUGACCAUUCGAUCAUUUCUGAAUAUUACAAAGACUUCGAAAUUACGGGGGUAUAUCUUGUGGAUAUAAAUAGUUAUAAUAGUCUAAUGAGAAAGAAAAACCUUCAAAAACUUCAUGAUACUUCAAUAAAACAUCAUCGAUCUUCACCAUUUAGCGUCUUGGAAAUAGAAAAUCCUCGAAACCGUUACAUCAUCCAUUCAGCAUUGAAUGCCAUAAUUUAUAGGAACGAAUUUUCACAUAAUAAAGCUGCUCUUUACGGUACAUUCGGUGUUAAAUCAGCUAGCUUCUUGUUUUCUCUACUAGCGGAAAAAACAUAUGUAAAUGAUUUACGUGACUUUCGAGGCGUUUUAUCAAUUACUCCCCGAAUCUCUUAUAAUCCUGAAUACGUUUCUUGUUUCAUACAAGAAAAUAGUGUAAAGUAUGGCUAUCCCGUCGUCUAUGAUAUAAUUACGGAAGUUUUUAGUAUACGAUUUGCUUAUGAAGCUUUAUUGCACUGUGUGAAAGCUAAAUCAAGUGCCGAGUUCUUCGUUGCCUAUACCGAGGAUCAUUGCGGAGAAAAUGAUAAACAGAUGAUCAAGAAAGUUCUAUCGAAUGUUGUAGAAUUUUCAAAUGCUUUUGAAUGUUUGCGAAAUGAAAAUACAGUUUGUCAUUUAAAAGCUUUUUAAAUAUUUAAACGAAAUUCUAGAGAAUAUAACAAUAGCUCCAUUCCGUACAAUCAAGAUUGAUGAAGACGUUUCCUUUUACAAAGUCAUGUUUGUCGCUUACCGUGGACAAAGAAAAGAUUUUUAUGCGAUAGAUAGCAGGAUAAUUUUGACGUAAAGGUAUUUACCUACAUAUACAGAUUGAUCCUUGCUAAUUUUCUCGCACUAGUAUUGAAAUGUAUUAUAUAUAUAAAAAUAAAUAAAUGCAGUA